CCAGGGUCUUUCCUUAACUGGUCACGAGCUGUCACGAGAGUCACGAUCAGUAGUACCACCAUUCCCAGGGUGAUCUGACGUCAUACACACCUCGGCCUUCAAAAUCCAGUGCUGUGUUAAGAUUCGGUCAACAAGAUAUAAAAAAACAAACCUUCGUCAAUCAUUUUGCUUCCCACUUGACACAGACAACCGGACUUCAACCAACAUCUUCCAUCUCAAAAAAACUAUUCAGUCCCAGCUUCCCGAUUCGGUCAGUCUUCAGCAUACAUUCCGCCUGAGCUCAGCGACCAUUAUCCUCUAUCAUCGUCAAUCAUGACCCUCAAAACUUCUCCGCUCUCACAACUCACCCCUUCAGAUUGCAAAAUACCUCCGGAAUUCGGCGUCGUUGUCGAUCCCUCUUCUUACAAGGAUGGAACGUUUGAUCCCAUCACGAUGUCCGAUCGAGAAUUCAAAGAGUUAGAAGAGCUUUUGUAUAAACAUUCUAUCGUACUUUGGAGAGGCGUGACUUUGAAUCCGGAACAGCAGUUUGUGCUCACCAACAGAUUCGAUUUGACUUCCAAGUCUUAUGGGCAUGGCACUGAAACAUCUGGUUUGCAAGCUAAAUCUAUCUUACAUCCCGACCUCAAGACUUUGCCCGGUCAGCCACAAGUUCAACUGAUUGGCAACGGCCAGGUGAUCGACGAGGCUGUGGCCCCUGGCCUCAAACCUCUCCCUGUACUCAAACAUCCCCAUCAUAAAACUUUCCACAAAGACGUCAUUUCAGACGAGGACGAGAAGAAGGGACAUACCCGUUUUUAUCGCUGGCACAUCGACGCUGCUUUAUACGACUUGAAUCCGCCCAAAGUCACCACUUUACAAGCACUACGCGUUCCACAGGGUGCUCCACAGAUCUGCCGCUAUGAUGAUGGUACGGGCGACGAACUGAAAGUUCCUUUGGGAACUACUGUCUUUGUCAGCGGCAAGAAAAUGUUUGACAUCUUACCGCCUGCGUUAAAGAGUUUGGCUGUGCGCACAAAAGUGCAAUAUAGUCCCCAUCCAUAUGUUUGGAUGUCCCAAGCCAAAGCCAAAUCGACCGGACUUGGAAUAGAAAACGAUGGGAAAGAACUUCCCAAAGAACAGUUGCCACCGUUUGAAGAAUCAAAAAUCAAGAUUUUCCCUGUACUUUGGAAGAACCCAGUGACUAGUGAACUCCAUCUAGAAGUCCAUCCAUGUGGUGCAGAAAAGUUACACAUUGAACCGAUCCCAGCGACAGCAGAAACACCGCGAGACCCAGAAGCGUUAUAUCCUGAUGGUGGGACGAUUACUGACCUAGCAGUCGUCAGGGAUCUGUUAUACAAACUUCAGCGUCCUGGGAUUUCACCCUCCUUGGUAUAUGCACAUGAUUGGAAGGAGAGAGAUCUAUGUUUGUUUCAUAAUCGUGGUGUCUUGCAUAGCGUAGUCGGCGCUUUCACUCCUGACCAACAUCGGGCUUUCUGGCAAUGUAAUAUCGCGGCUACUGAUGAACCGAUGGGUCCUGAUCCUGAUGACUUGAAGAAAUUUGCUUGAA